GGAGCCGUAGAAUGAUCGAUGUGAUGGAUGUGAACACUCAAAAAGGCAUCGAGAUGUCCAUGGGCCAGUGGAGGCGCUACUACGAGACGCCACCUUCUCAGAGGGAGAAGCUCUACAAUGUCAUCAGCCUGGAGUUCAGCCACACCAAACUGGAGAACCUGGUCAAGAGGCCUGCAUCGGUGGACGUGAUCGACUGGGUGGACAACAUGUGGCCCCGCCAUCUGAAGGAGAGACAGCGGGACUCGACCAACGCCAUCAUAGACAUGCAAUAUCCCAAAGUACAGAAGUAUUGUCUAAUGAGUGUCGAAGGCUCCUUCACUGAUUUCCACAUUGAUUUUGGUGGCACCUCUGUGUGGUACCACAUCCUACGAGGAGGAAAGGUGUUCUGGUUGAUUCCACCCACGCGCCAAAACCUGGAGCUGUACGAGAACUGGGUGUUGUCAGGGAAACAAGGGGACAUCUUCCUGGGUGACAAAGCAUCACAGUGCCAGCGCAUUGAGCUCAAACAGGGAUACACCUUCAUGAUUCCCUCAGGAUGGAUUCAUGCUGUGUACACUCCUGUGGACACUCUGGUGUUCGGAGGAAACUUUCUCCACAGCUUCAACAUUCCCAUGCAGCUCAACAUCUAUAAUAUUGAGGACAGGACAAGGGUGCCGGCUAAGUUCCGUUACCCUUUCUACUAUGAGAUGUGUUGGUAUGUGCUGGAACGGUACCUCUACUGCUUGACCAAUGUCUCACACCUCACCCCAGAGUUUCAGAAGCACUCCCUCGGUAUUGGCCUGAAUCGAGAAGACUUCCUCGAGGAGCAGAAACAGAAUGGCCACACCAAAGAGGAGACAGAUGUAGAUAAGGGCGAGGAAGCCGAUAUCAAAGAAGAAAAAGACAAAGAAGAAGAUGAUGAAGAAGAAGAAGAAGAAAUCAAAGUAAAAGAGGAGGAAGAAGAGGAGCAGGAGGAGGAGGAAGAGGAAGAAGCAGCAGCAUCUCCAGGCGGGAAGGUGCACCUGACUCCGCUGGAGCGGGAGGGCCUGUGGCACCUGCUGAAGAAGCUGGAGGAACUCCCCGCCCACAAGCAGUGUGUUCCCUCUGGCAUUCGUAACGCCCACGCCCUGCUCAGUGACAUACGGAGGUUGCUGGAAGAACAUGCUGAAGAUGAACCCAAAUUGUCCUACACUGGAAAACCCAUUGUGAAGUGGCCCAGACGGCCUUCAUGGUACCGCCCCCCGACCCCUCCCCCCGCCCUGAUGUACCGACCGCGGCCCCCCGGGACGGCGCCCAAGCUGUCGGGGCCCCGGGCCCCCAGGCGGCCCGCCGAGGCGCUGCGGCGAAGACGCGUGCGCUGCAAGCGCUGCGAGGCCUGCCUGCGGAGCGAGUGCGGCGACUGCAUAUUCUGCCGCGACAUGAAGAAGUUCGGUGGACCCGGCCGCCUCAAGCAGACCUGCCUGCGACGCCAGUGUCUCGCGCCGGGUUUGCCCAACUCAGCUGUGUGUGCUGUGUGUGGUGAGGGCAAUCCCCCAGGAGAGAAUUCCACCCCGACACUCAUGGAGUGCUCUGCCUGUGCCAAGAUCACACACCCCGAGUGCCUCAAGGAGCCUACAGAGGGUGUGAUUGACAAGGACCUGCCAAGUUACUGGAAGUGUCCCAAGUGUGUCCAGGAGAAAAAAACUGAGUCGGCUAACAGCAGCAGUAGCGAUGAUGACGACGAGGAAAAAAACAGCACACUCGAGGGCGCCCGGGUCUCGUCGUCGCCCCCAGCUAAGCGUGCCCACCGGGAGGGCAUCGGGGUGCGCGAGGGACGCAGAGGACGGCGCCCACUGACCCCCUCCAGGCGUCUGCCGCCCCCGUCCCAGAGGCUGCUGCUGCAGCAACAGCAGAACAGGAAGAGGGCCGGAGCACUGGAACUACAGCUCAGGAAGCGGAUUAAAUUGGAACGGAAUAAGAUCAUACAGUCGAAGCCGUCGUCUCUUUCUCUCUCUCCUAAGCUCCUGCGCCAGCGCAGUGCAGAGAGAGGGGGCGGGGACAGGACCGGGCGUGGCGCCUCCAGAGGCAGAGGGGCGUCGGCCUUGCAGAGCUCCGCCCAUCCGCCCGUGGGCCGCGGAAGGGGGCGGGGCGUCCGCUUUCGGGGAGGAGGGAGAGGCGGAGGAGGGAGAGGGAGCGGGGACGCACAGCGCGGCAGGGUCGAGCGGGACGACACGGCCGACGACACCGACGACGAGGAGGACGAAGAGGAGGAGAGGAAGGAGAACCGGCCGCAGCAGCGGGCCCGGCGAGGGAAGGAGCAGUCGCAGUCCGAGGAGGAGGACAACGAUGACGACGACGACGACAGCGAGGAGGGAGAGCGCAAGAACGGCGGCGGGGAGCGAACCGACGGAGAGGAGGACAACGAGGACGAGGAGGAGGAAGAGGAGGCGAGCGCGGCGCGGAGGCCGGAGGAGCUGGGCGAGGAGGCGCGGAAGCAGAGCUCCUGCCUGACGGUGAAGCUGCAGCAGCCGGCGCGCGGCCAGCGCGACCCCAACGCCAUCGUCCCCAAGCUGGAGGCGGCCAUCACGCAGCGCUCGCCGCCCGCCACCGCCGCCGCCCAGCAGCGCGUCUCCCUGCUGCGGCCGCCGCUCCGCAACGGGGCCUCCCACGCCAGCGCUCACCCGCCGUCGGCCACGUCGCGCGCCCCGCGCACCGAGAAACCCUCGUCGGCCAGCGCCGCCCGCAACGGGAGAGGGCUGUCCCACUCUGGCAAGGGCUCCCGAGGCCACUCGCAAACCCGCAACACCUCGUCCUCCUCAUCCUCUCCCUCGGCGCUCCAUCCCUCGGCCCGGGACGGGGGCACUGGACCAGGCUGUGAGAAGGAGGUGUGGGUGUCCGUGUUCCGCUACUUGAGCCAGGCCGAGCUCUGUGUCUGCAUGGCCGUCUGCAAGAGCUGGUACAAGUGGGGCUGUGACAAGCGCUUGUGGACAAAGAUCGACAUGAGGCGGUGCCGCUCCAUCAGCCCCCAGGCGCUCUCAGGCAUCAUUAAGCGCCAGCCCGUCAACCUGGACCUCUCCUGGACCGCCAUCUCAAAGAAGCAGCUCACCUGGCUCAUUAACAGACUACCAGGAUUAAAAGACCUGGUAUUAUCGGGAGUCUCUUCCAUGUGCCUCUCUGCCCUGAGUUCCUCCACCUGUCCUCUACUGCGCUCCCUGGACCUGCGUUGGGCUGAUGGGGUCAAAGAUGGUCAGAUCAGAGAGCUGCUGAGUCCUCCAGGCUCCAACAACCGGUCGCAGCUGCGGAACCUCCACUGCCUGCGCCUGUGCGGCCUGGAGAUCAGCGAGACCACGCUGCGGCUCAUCAUCCACCACAUGCCGCUGCUGACGCGCCUGGAGCUCUCGCACAGCCCCCUCACCGACCAGGCCCUCAACCUGCUGACCGCGGUCGGCUCGUCCACUCGCAACACACUCACACACCUCAACCUCGCCGGAUGCAGUAAGCUGUCGGAUCGGUGUCUGGCGUACCUGAAGCGGCUGUCGUGUCUGCGCCUGCUCGACCUACGCAGCUGCAAGGGAGUGUCGCGUCAGGCCUGCGAGACCUUUAUCUCCGAACUGUCUGUCACUGCGCUCUACUGCCUAUCAGAUGACAAACUCAUCCAGAGGAUAUCAUGAAGCCCACAUUUGGGGGGGAUAGACUGAAGGGGCUUGGGCAGGGUGUUGGGGGAAAGUAUGGGAUGGAUAUGAUGUGUGUGUAUGUGCGUGUGUGUGUAAAUGUCUGUCAGUUUGUCUGUCUGUCGUUUCCUCUGUAUGACCGAGGAAAGCUAAAGCUGAGGAAGAGAAGGGAGGCUCAAAGCA